CAUUUUGUCGGGGUGAGGAUGAAAUUGGUAUCGGUGAUUAAAAGCUCCUCUGUUUGACUGACGAUUACGGAAGAAGCUACAUGAAGAAUCCGGCUGAAGCUACGUGUAAUAUUUGAUUAAAAAUGGCUGAAAGGAAAGCAAAUGUUCCCAGCUCUAGCGCCAACUUACUAUUUUCCACAACUCCAGAAUUUAAUUUUAACCUUCCGUUUAUUCCUGUAAGUCAAGCAACUGAUCCAGCGGUUUUAUCCGGAGAUGAUGCGAGUGAAGUUGGUGAAGAAGACAGCUUUCUUGGUCAGACCUCAUCUACCUACAGCUAUUUUACAGCCUCUGGGGGCAACGGGGAUUUGUUUGCCUCAAUAGGGCCCAAGUCAUUCCCGCCUACUACUACUACUUCUGUUGGCUCAACAGCUGCUUCUUCACUAGUGUCCACUGCUGCGAGUCUGCCACCAAACCCCCCGAUUUCCCAUGUAAACUCUGCACAGCAGUAUGGCACUGCAGUUUACCAGAACCCCAUCAGCACACACACUCCAACACCUAACAUGACAGCUGCUCCGCCUCCCCAGGCCAGCCAACAGCCAUUUAAUCCGUAUCGACACACAGCCACAAGUAGCAAAGCUAGCCCAUAUAUCAUGGCUCCUGAGCUCCAGCAGCAACCUCAUCAUCAGACACCACAGCAUUUUAAUCCAUACUCUCAGGCCCCACCACCUCCCACAUUCUCGGCUGCACCCCCGACAUUCACCCAGCCUCCUCCACCCCCAGUUCCUCCCCCACCUUCAGGACCCAGUAUGGCAGGACCUGUGGUUCCAGCCAACCCCAUGAUGCCAUACUCAUCUAAUGUCUAUGAGCCUGUUCAGCCUCAUUGGUUCUACUGCAAACAAGUGGAGUCCAGGAACGUUUGGCUUCCUUUAAGUAUCCUGGAUUCCAUGCGUCUGGAGGAGACUUUUAAUUCUGUCCAGCCAGACCCGGAAAAUGUGAUCGUGAGCACAGAUGGUGCACGUUAUGAUGUCCAGCUUUAUGACCGCACUCGCACUGCUGUGUACUGGGAGGAGGAGCCAACUGAGGUGCGCCGCUGUACCUGGUUCUACAAAGGAGACACGGACAGCCGCUUUAUCCCCUAUUCAGAGGACUUCAGUGACAAACUGGAGGCAGAAUAUAAGAAAGCCGUUUGCACUAAUCAGUGGCACCGUCGACUGGAAUUUCCUUCAGGGGAAACGAUUGUGAUGCAUAAUCCAAAGGUAAUAGUGCAGUUUCAGCCAACUGCCAUGCCUGAUGAAUGGGGCACUACACAGGAUGGUCAGACUCGGCCCAGAGUGGUGAAGAGGGGAGUGGAUGAUGACCAUGAUGACAUUCCUGAUGGUGAAAUGCCACAAGUGGACCAUCUGGUGUUUAUGGUGCAUGGCAUUGGUCCAGUCUGUGAUCUACGAUUCAGGAGCAUGGUGGAGUGUGUGGAUGAUUUCCGCAGUGUAUCCCUGAAGCUGCUGCACAGUCAUUUCAAGAAGCCUCUGGAUGACCAUGUUAUAAGUCGUGUGGAGUUUCUGCCUGUGCAUUGGCACACAGCCUUGCAUGGAGAUGCCACAGGAGUGGACAGGCGGAUUAAGAUGAUCACCCUGCCCAGCACCGUGCGUCUGCGGCACUUUACCAACGAAACCCUCUUAGACGUUCUAUUCUACAACAGCCCAACCUAUUGCCAGACCAUCAUGAACACAGUGGCUUUUGAGAUUAACCGACUUUAUGCACUGUUCAUGCAGAGAAACCCAAAUUUCAAAGGCGGUGUGUCAGUGGCUGGACACAGUCUAGGCUCUUUGAUACUUUUUGACCUACUGUCUAACCAGAAGAACCCAUCUUCUGCCUCAACUCAGAAUGGGAACGUGCAGCCUGAAGUUAAACAGGCGAGUCCUCCUGUCCCUCAGGCCAAUGAGGUCUUCAGCUCAGCUGCAGCAGAGGAAGCAAAGGAGGAGGAAGAGGAGACUGCUAAUCUGUCAUCUAUUCUGGAUGAGCUGGGCCUGUCUGAGUACCUGAGCACCUUCGAACAGGAGAAGAUUGAUGUUGAGUCACUGCUCAUGUGCACAGUGGAAGAUUUGAAAGAAAUGGGUAUUCCUUUGGGGCCCCGCAAGAAGCUUGCAAAGUUUGUUAAAGAAAAGGCAGUAAAGCAGUCUGCACAACAGGCUACAGCAGAAAAAGUUGUAGCUAAAGAAGACAUAAAAGAGGUUUCAACCCUUCAACAUACUGAAUCAGUCACAACUGGUCCCAGAUCCAACGUUCCAGUUGGCAGGCUUAUGUCCUCCAUGCAUGUGGAUUACAACUGCUUUGAAACCGGCACUGGGCAGGUGUCUGUGGUAUAUCAUGCUCUGGACUUCAACCCUGUGAAUUUCUUUGCACUUGGUUCCCCAAUUGGCAUGUUUCUGACUGUGCGAGGGGUGGAGAAACUCGAGGAGACCUACCAGCUACCCACCUGCCAAGGCUUCUUCAACAUUUAUCAUCCAUUGGAUCCAGUGGCAUACAGGAUUGAGCCCAUGGUUUUACCAGAUAUGGAACUGGAACCGGUUUUGAUCCCUCAUCAUAAAGGGAGGAAAAGGCUUCAUCUUGAAUUAAAGGAGAGUCUGUCCAGGAUGGGUUCUGACUUGAAGCAGGGCUUCAUCAGUUCUUUAAAGACUGCAUGGCAGACACUACAUGAUUUUGCUCGUGCUCAUACCGCCUCCACAAAGCUGCAUGAACAGCUGGCCAUAGUGGCCAGUCAAAUAAAAGAGGAAGAGGAAAUGCAAAAAGAAGCUGACAAACUAGUGAUGGAGACACCUGAGCCUGCAAAAGAGGAAGAGACUCAGGUGAAGGUGGGCAUGCUGAAUGGAGGACGUCGCAUUGAUUAUGUACUGCAAGAGAAACCCAUUGAGAGCUUUAACGAAUAUCUCUUUGCUCUCCAAAGUCACCUGUGUUACUGGGAAUCAGAGGACACAGCUUUGUUCUUCCUUAAAGAGAUUUAUAAGACCAUGGACAUAUGGCCAGAGCAAAUGGCACACUGAUGUGUUGACUAAAAAAAUAAAGCACAUGAAAAGUCGUUUUAAACAGUUUUGAACUUUGUAGGAGGAAACUGACUUGGUAGUUAAAUCUUUUUUUUUUUAAUUUUCUAUUUUCUUUCUUGUAUAAAUAAGAAUACAUAAGUUAUCUUAAAUCUCUUAAAUAUCUUAAAUUAAGAAACUAUAAGAAAAUUAUAGUUAGCAAGUUCCACUGUACAUCAGCAUUUUUAUAGAGCGGUGAAAUAUUGAUUAUGGUUCAUCAGACCUCAAAAAUCAUGGUUGUAACAGAAACUUUACUGCAUUAGGUAAGAAAACAAGUCUUUCCAUUGAUUUUAUUCAACUUAUGUUCAUGUGAUACUGGUGUACUACUUAAAAAAAGUUGACAGUGUAAAUGAUUACAAACAAGAAUCAACACAAAGCUUAAAGAUUGCAGUCCCUCUUUAUUUAAAAAAAGGUUGAGAAGUUUAGCCUUUACCAUUGCAUUGUGCUGCUGUUGUUUUAGAUGCUACAGAUGUCAGUCUUCUAUUAGUAGCCUCUACUGUGUAACUGAAAAAAACCCAUCCUCAACAGAAACUAAAUGGCUACUGGGUAUUAACAGUAGUCAGCAGUUGUACAUUAUUAAAAUAAUUUCCAAAUCCAGUUGGUAUUGAGAAUUUACCCACAUCACAAACUGACCACCACAGUGUAGUGUUGCACUGUUUCAGCAUCUGAAUCUGACACUUGCUGAAUUGUCACUGGAUGUACUGCCAUAUACAUACUGUUCAUAUCCAUUUACAACUGAUUGUCUCUUUCACCUGUAAAAACACUGUUGCUCAUUACCACAGCACACAUGAUUUAAUACUAAAAGCGAUAAAAAAAAGUAACAAUGUUAAACAACACCAUUAAAAAUAAAUGUAUGAUAACCAGUAACAUGACUAGGUCCAGGCUAUUAAUGUGUAUGAACAUAAAAGCACCAACUCAACUGGUCAUUUUAAAUUAAGAACAACAAAUGUGUUAAAUGGACCUUCAGAAAUAAUAAUAACAUGGUCAUUGCCACAGCCUUCACACAGAAUGGCUUCCCAUACACUUCAUUCAUAUACUUUGUUCUUAGUUGAUCCUUGGGAUUCUGCUUUUUUUUUUAUU